CAAAGUUUAACGAUAAAUAAAUUCGUUCUAGAUACAUCUCUUUUCCCAUAUGAACUAAUCGUCAAUAGAAAAUUCUAGGUUAUAAAAUGUCAAAGUGGAAUGUUAAGUUUAUAAAAAUAGUUUAAAAAAAAUCAAAAAGGAUGAGUAAACAUAUGUACUCGACAGCAAAUCUUUCCGACAAAGAUUUAAAAGAACAAGGAAACCGUUUGUAUAAUUUGAGAAAAUACGAAGAAGCCAUAAAUUGUUACAGCAAAGCCAUAAUCAAGAACCCAGACGUAGCCCAUUACUUUACGAAUCGAGCUCUUUGUUAUCUGAAAUUAUUAAAAUGGGAACAGGCGUGUAUGGAUUGCCGAAGGGCUUUAGACAUGGAUUCAAAUUUGGUGAAAGGUCAUUUCUUCCUUGGACAAGCUCUAUUUGAAAGUGAUAAUUAUGACGAAGCUAUUAAACAUCUACAAAGAGCGAAUGACUUGGCGAAAGAACAAAAAAUGAAUUUCGGAGAUGACAUUGCCUCACAAUUAAGAGCUGCUAGGAAAAAACGAUUUUCCGUUCAGGAAGAAAAACGUAUAGCGCAAGAAAUAGAAUUACAAUCGUAUUUGAAUAAAUUGAUUGAAAGAGAUAGAGAAAUGAGGAUACAAGAGGUGCAGAACGAAGAAGGCGACAAUGAAACCACCAAACAAACCAUCCAGAACAUUAAUGAAACAUGCGAGAAUUACCUAAACGAAUUGAACCAAUUGUUUGCGAAAAUAGACGAUAGGAGAAGGAAAAGAGAAGUGCCUGAUUAUUUGUGCGGGAAAAUUAGUUUCGAGAUUCUACAAGAACCUGUAAUAACACCGAGCGGUAUCACCUACGAUAAGAAGGAUUUGGAGGAGCAUCUACAGAGAGUGGGGCACUUCGAUCCGGUUACUAGAGUUAAACUUACCCAGGAUCAGUUGAUUCCUAAUUUCGCCAUGAAGGAAGUUGUCGAUGCGUUUUUGACCGAAAACGAAUGGGCUUUGGACUAUUAAUUUUUUUUUAUUCGUUAUCUGUUAAGUCUAGUGUUAUGGUGUGCUAUUCACAUAUAAUUAAAGUUCUUUCGAAAUGAG